AUGCGGCGCCACCAAGCCAUCAACGGUGGUAUUGGUGCCGCCGUUACACUUGCGAUGGCGACGACGAUAUCCAUCCAACUGGCGGCGCUCGCCGCCGCCGGCGCCCUCCGGCCGACGACCACGGCCGUGCCGGCGGUGUACGUGUUCGGGGACUCGCUCCUGGACGUGGGCAACAACAACUACCUGCCGGGGGCGGACGUCCCCCGGGCCAACAUGCCCUACUACGGCGUCGACUUCCCCGGCGGCGCCAGACCCACCGGAAGGUUCAGCAACGGCUACAACGUCGCCGACUUGGUUGCGAAGGCUAUGGGGUUCAAGAGGAGCCCGCCGGCGUACCUGUUGCUCUCGCGGCGCUCCGGCCGACGACAUCGUCUCGUCGCCAGGGGCAUCGGCGGAGUGAACUAUGCUUCUGGAGGAGCUGGGAUUCUCGACUCCACUUUCGCCGGGAAGAACAUCCCGUUGUCAAAGCAAGUGCGCAACUUCGAUGCGACCAAGGUUCAGAUGGUACUAAAACUGGGUGCCACCACGGCGAAGCACCUGCUCUCCAAAUCGCUCUUCCUCAUCGCCAUCGGCACCAACGACAUGGCCGUGUUCGCCACAUCAUUAGCAAACAAUGGCCAGAUGCAGAGCCACGCCGUCGUCGCCGCCUUCUACUCCGACCUCAUCUCCAACUACUCAGCCACCAUCACAGGGUUGUACGGGAUGGGUGCGAGGAAGUUUGCGGUGAUCAACGUGGGCCGGAUCGGGUGCGCGCCAAUAGAGCGCCUGCAGAGCCCGACGGGCGCUUGCGACGACGGCGCCGACGCGCUCGCCGCCGGCUUCGACGACGCGCUCAGGUCUCUCCUGGCGAGCCUCGGCUCCGGCGAUGACCACCGCCUGGACGGCCUGACCUACUCCCUCGGCGACCUGUACGGCCUGAUGCGGGCGAUCAUAGCCGACCCGCCGGCGGCAGGGUUUGCCGACGUGGACAGCGCGUGCUGCGGCGGCGGGCGGCUCGGGGCGCAGAGCGUCUGCGGCCAGCCGAACUCGACGCUGUGCGGCGACCGCCGGUACCACCUCUUCUGGGACUACGGCCAUCCCACGCAGCGCGGCGCGGAGGUCAUCGCAUCGGCGUUCUACGACGGCCCGAGCAGUUCACCACGCCGGUCAACUUCGAGCAGCUGGUCCGGGCAUGAGCGUCGGCAGCAGCAAACACACGAGUGUGAUGCUGAUUAG